GAUUCAGCAACACUAAUCAUCUAAUUAAUUGUUUAACCACUUCAUAUUUAACCAGGAUUCUUCUUUUUCUUUUCCUCUCCCUCUUUCUUUCUCUCUCUCUCCACCGUCAUCUCUCGUUCUCUUCCUCUCAUUCCCUUCUCUCUCUCUCGUGUAUCAGUGGAUGGCAAGGACAAACAAGUACGCUUCUAUCAACUUCAACGACAUCUACGAAAAGAAGAACAAUCUCACCACCUCCAACAAACCCAACUCGGCUUCCUCCGCUUCGCUUGCAACGAUCAAUCCUCCUAAAGCUCACCUCUACGCCACCCGAACCCAUGGCGGAAUGCUAGUCUUGAGCCGUCCCUCGCCCAAGCCCCAGCCCCAGCCCCAGCAACAGACACAAUCACAGCCUCUACCUUCUCUUCCUUCACCACCGCCACCAACUAAACCCGAUUCCGAUCGAACCCGGAUCGAGCAGGAGUCUAUCUCCCUGCGUCCCUUGGGUCGGACGGGUUCCUCCCUCACCUCUUCCCCAUCCCCAUCCCCAUCUCCGUCCCCGGCAACAUUAACCAAAGAAAGGGUUCCCGAGACUCCGCCGCCUUCUCUGCCAUCGCCGAAGCUGGAGAUCUUCGUUCCUCCGCAUCUGCGGCCUGGAUUCGUAGGCAAGGAAGAGAGGUUCAUCCAAGAAGGGCAUAGGCAACAGGGGUUUCGAUCUCGUGAAUUGGGACACGGAAACGGGCAUCACGGUUCACCGAAUCGGUACGGCGAAGAUGGGCGCCCCAAAUCGGGAGGGCACGAGCGGAUGCGUAGAGGCAGCGGCCUUGGCGGUGGCGGGGGAGAUUCGGAUCCAGCUGACAUGAAUAACAGGCCGAGGUCAAGUGGAAACCAUUCGAGUUCGAGUGGGUGGUAUGGUUCUUAUAGAUCUCCUCAAAAUCAUCAAAAUCACUUUUAGUUGAUCUAAUGGAGGGACAGAGAUUGGUAUUAGAUCGACCGUUGUUGUGGUUUAAACAGAAAAGAAAAAAGAAGAGAAGAAGAAGAACCUUCAAUUUAAGUUUGCUGAUCAGAUAUUGUAUCUUUGCUUGUUUAUUUUGCUUUUUAAUUUCUCUGCUAAUUUUCCUUUAAUUUGAGGGGCGCACCACACACGUUUGUAGAAGAUCAGUUUUUGGGAAUUUAUGUGCUUAAUUUUCAA